AUGGCUGCCAAUUUCUUUAACAACAAGGCCCGAGCUGCAGCUGCAGCUGCAGCAUCCACCAGCUCGAAGCAGAAGCCAACGGAUGCAAAGGAGGAGCAGACACGACUGCAGCCAUGGGUUGAGAAGUACCGGCCCAAGACCCUCGAUGAUGUAGCCGCGCAAGACCACACCACGAAAGUCCUUCAACGGACAUUACAAGCUUCAAAUCUCCCUCACAUGCUUUUCUAUGGCCCCCCCGGUACAGGAAAGACCUCAACCAUCCUCGCCCUUGCAAAAUCGCUAUUCGGCCCUGCUCUUUAUCGGUCACGUAUCCUCGAACUGAACGCCUCAGACGAGCGUGGCAUUGGCAUUGUCCGAGAAAAGGUCAAGGGAUUUGCCCGCACGCAACUCAGCCAACCGACCGGAUUGGACCCAUCAUAUUUCGAACAAUACCCCUGCCCACCGUUCAAGAUCAUCAUCCUGGAUGAGGCGGAUAGCAUGACUCAGGAUGCACAGUCUGCGCUAAGACGCACGAUGGAACAAUACAGCCGGAUCACCCGUUUCUGUCUCGUCUGCAACUACGUCACUCGCAUCAUUGAGCCACUUGCCAGUCGAUGCAGCAAGUUCCGCUUCAAGCCGCUGGAUAAUUCGGCCGCAGCAGAGCGCUUGGCGCAUAUUGCCAAAUUGGAGAAUUUGAAGCUUGAUGAGGGCGUCAUUGAUAAGCUGAUCAGCUGCGGCGAAGGUGAUUUACGGCGUGCCAUUACAUACAUGCAGAGUGCGGCCCGGUUGGUAGGCGCUGGUCGCCCGACGGGUCAGAAAGAUGGGGACGAGGACUCUGAGAUGGCAGACGCCAGCUCGGAACCUAUCACUGUGCGAAUGAUCGAAGAGAUUGCUGGUGUCGUCCCUGAAAGUGUCAUAGAUCGACUCGUUCAGGCCAUGCAGCCGAAGAAAUUGGGGUCUUCCUACGAGGCUGUCUCUGCCGUCGUCACUGAUAUUGUUGCGGAUGGGUGGAGCGCGGGUCAGCUUGUCUUGCAGCUGUACCGACGGAUUGUCUACAACGAUGCUAUUCCGGACAUACAGAAGAACAAGAUUGUAACUGCAUUCUCUGAGAUGGACAAGCGUCUGGUCGACGGGGCAGACGAACAUUUGUCGAUACUAGAUCUUGCUCUUCGGAUAUCAGGCAUCCUAGGCGGCUCAUGA